CACUAGAGCACAGAAAAGAGCUGUUUAACUUGGAAGAACAAUACACUAGGCUUUUGGUUCUGCACAGAGAUUGUCUCUGUAUCUUCUGACAAAGUGGAAUUUCCCUCCCCAGCCCCAAAAUGAUAGUCAUUUCUGCCCUCAGUGGUGCUCUUUUAAUUUUCAUUCUCUAUGAAACAAGUGCAGUAGAGUUAUCCAAUUCCACUGACCCAUUCCUGUCAACCAAUAAUUACACUGAUGUUGAAGCAGCCUUGGCAGCUCAUCAGGAUUCUGCAAGUCUCCCCAAAGCCAGGAGGAAACGAUACAUUUCACAGAACGACAUGAUUGCCAUCCUGGAUUAUCACAAUCAAGUCAGAGGCAAAGUCUUCCCACCUGCUGCCAACAUGGAAUAUAUGGUUUGGGAUGAAAAUCUAGCCAAGUCUGCAGAAGCAUGGGCAGCAACCUGCAUUUGGGACCAUGGCCCUUCCUUCUUAUUGAGAUUCCUUGGACAAAAUCUGUCUGUAAGAACUGGAAGAUAUCGAUCCAUUCUCCAACUGAUAAAACCAUGGUAUGAUGAGGUGAAAGACUAUGCCUUUCCAUAUCCUCAGGACUGCAAUCCAAGGUGUCCUCUGAGAUGCUACGGGCCCAUGUGCACACAUUACACACAGAUGGUAUGGGCUACUUCCAAUCGAAUAGGCUGUGCAAUCCACACAUGCCACAACAUGAACGUGUGGGGAUCAGUUUGGCGACGAGCUGUUUAUUUGGUAUGCAACUAUGCUCCAAAAGGGAACUGGAUUGGAGAAGCACCAUAUAAAGUAGGGGUGCCAUGUUCUGCUUGCCCUCCUAGCUAUGGAGGGUCUUGCACUGACAAUCUGUGCUUUCCGGGGGUGACGUCAAACUACUUAUAUUGGUUUAAGUAA